AUGGAUCACAAAAUGAUGCGCCAUAAAAAGUGUUCAAAGUCAGACUUAGAAAAUUGGUCAAAACUAGUCAAAAUCGAUCUAGGGGUUCUCAUACAGAGAUAUCUACUGAACCGCUACAAUCCUUGUAUGUUACGUUAUUUUAUGAGUAUACUUCACUCGGAUAAAUUGUUAUUUCAGGAACAGAAAAAUCACGAGAGCCAACGAUCAGAUCUAGACUUCCAAAAGAGUUUCUUGGUGCAAAUAUUUUUUUGGGGAAGCUUAUUUGCCCCACUUUACGUAUUUCCUGAGAACGUCGCUCAACUCUGA